ACCGUUCCGGUCCCGUCUUUCAGGACGGCGUUCGCCUCCUGGCUACUGAUGAACCUGCUGCUAAUCAACGUGCCCCGCUACGGCGCCUACAUGAUGGUGAUCACGGGCGGUCUGAUGUGCUCUGCUUGCGGCCUCUACACCGCCCUCAAGCCGAGCCGGCCGCUGGCCAUCCGGUUCGAGGACGCCGUGCUGGACAUGUCGCUCGGCUGGCAGUUCUACCUGGUGCUGCUGGCAGGGGUCAUUUGCAUGCUGGUGGGAUUGUCGGCGGCACUGGUUGACCUGGUGUACCCGCACACCUUCUCAACCAUUCUCGAGGUCGAUUUCGGCACGCCGUAUGACCGGCACAUUCUCAUCGUCGAGUCGGAUGAGUCCCGCAAACGGCGCACGAUCAAGAUCCCCAAGCUGGAGGAGCCCAUAACCGCUGGAAUCGAGGCCACGACGAAAUUGAUCCGACGUCUUUCAAAGCGGGGCAAGGAUGGAAGCAGCACCGACCCUCGCGGAGGCGUCGACAAUGUCGCCUUCGAGAUGGACCCCUCCGAAAACCCCAUUGCACGCCAAGCUCAGCAAACGUAA